UACACGAGAAGCUCCCCUCCUCAUUCCAUGUAAUUCUUAAUAGGCAAAGCAGCUGAUCAUGGCAUACAUGCACAUUUCAUGGCUUCUUCUAAUUCAAUGCCUACUUCUGGUCACCAGAAUUGGUGCCAAAGUUCCAGCAAUCAUUGUGUUCGGAGACUCAUCGGUCGAUGCUGGGAACAACAACCAGAUUCCCACAAUUGCCAGGAGCAACUUUCCGCCUUAUGGCCGUGACUUUGCCGGUGGCAAGCCUACUGGGAGAUUCUCUAAUGGCAGAGUUCCCACGGACUUCAUCUCCGAAGCUUUUGGACUCAAACCAUUCGUACCUGCCUACUUGGAUCCUACUUAUAACAUAUCAGAUUUUGCAACUGGAGUCACCUUUGCUUCUGCUGGCACUGGCUACGACACAGCAACUUCAGAUGUGCUAUCUGUGAUACCACUAUGGAAGCAAGUGCAGUACUACAAGGAAUACCAGAGCAAACUGAGACUUCAUCUAGGAGGAAACAAAGCAAAGCAAACAAUCCAUGAAGCUUUGCACAUGACAAGCUUAGGAACCAAUGAUUUCCUUGAAAACUACUACUCAUACCCCGGCCGGUCGAAUCAAUACUCUAUCGAACUAUACCAAGAUUUUCUCAUUGGAAUUGCAGGAAAUUUCAUCAAACAACUCUACGGUCUCGGAGCUCGGAAAAUAUCCUUAGGAGGCCUACCUCCGAUGGGGUGCUUGCCAUUGGAGAGAACCACCAAUAUGAUGGGUGGAAAUGACUGCAUUUCAAGUUACAACAAUGUGGCCUUGGAGUUCAAUGGCAAGUUGAAGACCUUGACUACAAGCCUCAAUAAAGAGCUUACUGGGAUCAAAUUGGUUUUUUCAAACCCAUACGAUAUUUUCAUGCAGAUUAUAAGAAGGCCUUCUUCGUAUGGAUUCGAGGUGGCUGCGGUGGCUUGCUGUGCUACUGGGAUGUUUGAAAUGGGCUACGCAUGCAAUCGAAACAACCCGUUCACCUGUACGGAUGCAAGCAAAUACAUAUUCUGGGAUUCCUUUCAUCCAACUGAGAAAGCAAACCAUAUAAUCUCUGAUUAUGUGGUGAAAAAUGUAUUAGCCCAGUUUCUUUAAUUCUCUUUAAAUUCAAGAGCACUGUACACCUCAUAUGCUUAAUUAGUGAUCAUAUAUAUGUUCUACAAAACACUCGGUUUAGUCACACAUGCAGUUACUUGGUACACGUGUAUUGAUGUAUUUAUUAAAUUAUAUCUUGGUCCUUAAUUUAUCAAUCUUAUUGUUUUU